AUGCAAAAUCCUGGAAGAUAUGGCUCCGGCUCCGGCUCCGGCUCCGGGUACAGCCGUGACAGUACUAAUAACUUUGGCGGCAGCGGCAGCGGCCUGAACAACUUUGGCGGCGGCGGCAGCGGCCUGAACUACUUUGGCGGCGGCGGCAGCGGCCUGAACAACUUUGGCGGCGGAGGAGGAGGCGGCAUAAACAUAUAUCGGAUCGAUCCGUCUAUGAUGGGGCAGUGGCAGUAUAAAUGCAUCUUUUGCUCUCAAACUUUCAAUUCGGGUCGGGCAUUGGGUGGUCAUCAGAAUGCCCACCGUUUUGAGUCGCGUGACAACAUUAACAUCAUUGGACGGUCGCCUCAUGUCCGCGUGCCCCGCCAGCGGAGUCAGAUCACGGCUCCUCGUGACCUGGGUUCUGGCCCAGACCCGAGAUUUCAUUCUCGGGCUGGCGGGUAUUACCCUUCUUUUAAUUACCCGUUCGUGAAUUAUUAUCGUGGUCUUCUUCUUCAGCAGCAAAUGGCGGCCGCGGCUGGUGGUGGUGGCGGUAGUGGUGGUGGCGGCGGCGGUGGUGGUGGUAGCGGUGGUGGUGGUGGCGGCGGUGGUGGUGGUGGUGGCUCACAUGGCGGCCAAACUGUUCCUGUUUCUACUACUGGUGUUGAUCUUGGUUUAGUGCAUAAUCAGGAGAUGGAUUUGGAUUUGGAGCUAAGGCUUGGAAUUGGGAGUAGGAAUUGA